ACACAAACUUCUCCAAUUCAUGACUGGGGAGAAUCUCUUAAAGAGUCAGAAGAUGAGCAAGAAACACAAGAAUCGUUAGAUCAUGAAAUGGAACUUUCCAAGGAGUCUGAAACUGUACAAGAAUCGGAAGAAUUACCAAGACGAGGGAUUUCCGUCCAACAAUUGUUAUGUUAA